CGACGACGAGGGUUUAUGACAAUAUCCGCGCCCGUGCACAUAUAAUUCAGACAGCCUGUAGUCUCUGUUCUGCGCCUGACAUUUAAGCACUAUUAAGGAUCGCCCAGCGGGGCGGGCGGUCCGCAAAAGGCAGUCCAUUAUCACGAGCCUCAGAUACGACAUUGACUCUGCCGUGCCACUUACGCGCCCGUCCGCCAACGUCUCUCCCACCCUCCAUCAUUCUCCUCCAUAAUGGCGGGCCUCCGCAUGAGCGUCGUCGUGAGCGCGACUGCGUUCCUUCUAGGCAUCCUCUUCACGCAUUGGAUCGCGGAUUCGCUCACGCUGUGGCAGUCGCCCGAGACGCAGACGGACCAGCGCCUCUGGACCGCGGCCGCGUACUACUCUGUGUUGUCGCGCAUGCAGCCGCAGCUGGCCUACGUCUCGCCUGCGGUUGCACUCGUAGGCGGCUUGACGAUCCUCUGGAGUUUCAGGGACGGGCGCGCGGGGAAUUUGAUGUUUGAUGGAGGCAGCAUCUUUUUGUAUGGCACGGCCAUAUACAUAUACAUCCAGACCGUACUACCCAACAUCUCUGCCAACUUCUCCUCGCUCCCCCUCCCCUUCCCAAAUCACUCCUCCCCAAUAUUAUCCAGCCCGCCCGCAGACCUCCCGCCCUUUCCCGCAAGCCUGCGCACGGCCAUUCUUGAGCUCGCCUCGUCUCACCUCAUCUGCAGCGUCGUCCUCACGGGCGUGCUCACCCUGCAGGCCGGCCGCUGGUGGGCUGAGCAGGCGGACACCGACGAAAAUGACGCGGUGAUGGGCGAGGACGGGGACGCGGACGAGAAGGAGCGCGCGAAGGGCGGACGGAGAGAGGAGACGCCUGUGGUGGAGACGAAGAAAACGCAGUGAUGGGUGCAUGUGUACUGGAAUGUUAUUGGGUGAGCGAUGGUACGGGUACUUUUCUGCUGUGACGAAAUGCUUCAUAUCCGUUCUUCACUGUGUGGUAGCCGCUUUCUGCGACGUGCAUAUACAAGUACAAUGUAGCACUAAUGAAUAAUGAUGAUUUUACUGUUGGCAUACCCUC